CUCCUCUUCCUGCCGGCGUCCCCGGGGCCCCGCGUCCUCCGCGAAGUUGCCGGCAGCCGAAGCCGCUCCCUCCAGCUCCCGACCCGGCGCCCGGCCCCCAGCCCGGCCGCCUUCCUCUUGCGCUCCUCGGGCACCAUGGCCGCCCCGGACCUGUCGGCCAACCUCCAGGAAGAGGCCACCUGCGCCAUCUGCCUCGACUACUUCACCGACCCGGUGAUGACCGACUGCGGCCACAACUUCUGCCGCGAGUGCAUCAGCCGCUGCUGGGGCCAGCCCGAGGGGCCCUACGCGUGCCCCGAGUGCCGCGAGCUGUCCCCGCAGAGGAACCUGCGGCCCAACCGCCCGCUCGCCAAGAUGGCCGAGAUGGCGAGGCGCCUGCACCCGCCGUCGCCGGUCCCGCAGGGCGUGUGCGCCGCGCACCGCGAGCCGCUGGCCGCUUUCUGCGGCGACGAGCUGCGCCUGCUGUGCGCCGCCUGUGAGCGCUCCCGGGAGCACUGGGCGCACCGUGUGCGCCCACUGCAGGAGGCGGCCGAUGACCUCAAGGGGAAGCUGGAGAAGUCGCUGGAGCAUCUGCGGAAGCAAAUGGAAGACGCGCUGCUGUUCCAGGCCCAGGCGGAGGAGACCUGUGCCUUGUGGCAGAAGAUGAUUGAGAGCCAAAGGCAGAACGUCCUGGCGGAGUUUGAGCGGCUCCGGCGCUUCCUGGUGGAGGAAGAGCAGCAGCUGCUGCAGAAGCUGGAGGAGGAGGAGCUGGAGGUGCUGCCCCGGCUGCGGGAGAACGCAGCCAGGUUGGUGCAGCAGAGCGCCGCGCUCGGGGGGCUCAUUGCCGAGCUGGAGGGGCGUUGCCAGCUCCCUGCGCUGGGGCUGCUGCAGGAUCCAGGAUGUGAAGCUGCAGCCGCCGGAGGUGGUGCCCAUGGAGCUGAGGACCGUGUGCAGGGUCCCUGGGCUGGUGGAGACCCUGCGGAGAUUCCGAGUAGAGCCAAAGAGGAGGGGGAGAGCUCACUGGGAGGGUCCCCCUCCUCACCCAAAGUCCAUAUGGGGAAAGAUUGUGAAGGUGGACAGACCUGGAAAGAAAUGGAUAUAGGUUGUCUUGCUCCGGCUCGUUGGGAGAGGGGAAGGACAGCUUUUUCUGGGCCAUGUACUGAGUACCCGUGUUUGGAGCUGCUGGAGUCACCUGGGCCUGUCUCUGCAGGGGAUGUGAUUCUGGAUCCAGAGACUGCGAACCCAGAACUGGUGCUGUCCGAGGACCGGAGGAGCGUGCGUCGGGGUGACCUGCGGCAGGCACUGCCCGACAGCCCCGAGAGGUUCGACCCAGGCCCCUGCGUGCUGGGCCACUUGCGGUUUACCACAGGGCGCCACUACUGGGAGGUGGAGGUUGGGGAGCGGGCCAACUGGGCCCUAGGUGUGUGCAGGGAGAACGUCAACCGGAAGGAGACAGGUGAGCUGUCGGCUGGCAACGGCUUCUGGAUCCUGGUCUUUCUGGGGAGCUAUUACAACUCACCUGAGCGGGCCUUUGUUCCCCUCCGGGACCCGCCCCGGCGCGUGGGGAUUUUUCUGGACUAUGAAGCUGGACACCUCUCUUUCUACAGUGUGACCGAUGGGUCACUCUUGUUUAUCUUCCCCGAGACCUCCUUCUCUGGGACGCUGCGGCCCCUCUUCUCGCCUCUGUCGAGCAGCCCGACCCCUCUGACCAUCUGCCGGGCAAAAGGCGGACCUGGGGAUGCGCCAGUUCCCUAGCGGCAUGCCUGCAGACCCCCAUGUGUGCGUGAUACCUCGUGGGGGCUUCGCUUUGCCUCUCACAGUCCUGUGCCCCAUCUGCCUGGCUCCUUGGGAAACCUGCAGGGAAGGAAGCAUGUGCCUGGAGCUGAUGGGCAGGAUCUCGUGUGAAACAUGGACUCUGAUAUUUCCGGAAGGUGCGCGCCAGUGUGUGAGGCACUGCCUUGACCCUCCCCAUCAGGCUUUCCAGACACUUUGCUGUGAGACAUCAUUCACCUGUGUUUUACAGCAAGACACUCGGUCCCUGGGCAGGACUGUGCUGAGGCUUGUACAGUGUUGAGCAUCCCUGCCAGACCACUCAGGGCCGACAGCCCUCGCCAACAGCCUCAUCGUCACAGUCCUUGGGCCUGACCUGUGGUCCCACAGGAGCCUCACCAGCACACCGGCCAUGUCGCCAUGAGGGCGGGAGGCAUCAAAACCUCCAGAAGCUGCUGUCCCAGCAACCUCAGGGUCGCAGCCCAACUGGCGGAGUGCCCCGCGCUUCAGAAGGACGUAGGAGGAGUCGGUCCCAAGGCUACUGGCCACUCCUGUUCUUAUAAGAGGAGGGGGUCGGUAAGAAUCCAUGACAACACUGGAUGUAAUUAUGGUAUAGCAGUUGGAGUCUUUAGGGAAGAGGUUAUCUGGGAAAGCCAAAGAGCAAAAGGAAAUAGGGAUGGAUGAAAUCCUUGAACAAAGGGGCUGAGUGUGGGUACCUGUAUUCAGAAUGUGCAGACCACCUGGGUGCCUCCUGGUUCCCAGGUGGUAGGUCUGUGGGGUUCUGAGGCCAGACCAGGAAGCAGAGAUUAUACUUCACACAAUGGCUUACAAACUCAGUUUUGGUUUUAGAACUGUGUGUGUCCCUGAACUUUGAGAAAGAUGGCCUCGUUUUAUCUUGACAUAUUCUUUUGCUGCAUCCAUCAGAAGCCAGAUGCCAGUCUCUGAUGGCAGUCCAUCCCCGCAGCCUGAGGCCAGUGUCCUCGCCUCACCUCCCUUAUUAUGCUUCAUCACCAGCCCUGACCUCGGGAAGGGGCUUCACCUCAUCAUGUGCGGUUUCCUUGUUGAUAGAGUGGGAUGCAGUGAGGGCGACUUUGCUGGGCCAAGGUGAUGACAUGAGGUAAUGCUCUCUGUUCAGAAACUGUUAGCUCUCAUUUCCCAGGAACCUGGCUUGAACCAGGCUGGCACCAGUUUCAAAAGCAAGGUUGGGGGCUCAGAGAUGCUCCAGUAAUAAGAGUUAAAGUUCACUGAACCCUCCCUAUACACAGGGCACUCCGCUGAGCGCUUUGCCCAGGUCCUCCCAUCCGAGGAUGGCCUCUCCUCUGCGCUGUCUCCUCCCUGGAGGAGGAGUGGCUGCAGAGAGCCCUGAUGCGUACAGAAUCCAUGAGUGUGUCUUUGCUCUGAGGUUUGGGGUUUCUUCCCCCUUAAGCUUGUUUUUGUACCCUCCAUUUUAUUUAUUGUAAGAACAGUGUUCUAACAUUAAAUAACUUUUAACCAUU